UGGAGCAUAUUAGGUAAGGCAAUAGCAAGGAAAUUAAAGAAAGAGGAGAUAAAAAAAAAUGGGAGAAAAAGUGGAGGUGUUUGGGGCAUGGUUCAGUCCUUUCAGCCGACGAGUAGAAUUGGCUUUGAAACUGAAAGACAUUGAAUAUGAUUAUAUUGAAGAAGAAGUAUAUAAGAAGAAGAGUGAUUUGUUACUGAAAUUCAAUCCUGUUUACAAGAAAGUCCCUGUCUUCGUCCAUGCCGGAAAACCCAUUGCAGAGUCCAUUGUUAUUCUUCAAUACAUAGAAGAGACUUGGAAGGACAAUCCCAUUUUGCCCCAACAUCCUUAUCACAAAGCUCUUGCACUCUUUUGGGCCAAUUUCUUGAAUGACAAGCUUCUAGGUGCUAUAAUGAAAGCAAGGAGAAGGCAAGGAAAGGAGAAAGAAGAGGCAAUAGCAGAGGCGUGUGAGGCAUUGAAAGUACUAGAAGAUGAACUGAAAGGGAAGAGAUUCUUUGGAGGAGAGAAGCUGGGAUUUGUGGACAUUGUUGCCAACUUCGUGGCGUAUUGGAUUCCAGCCAUCGAAGAAGGUUUCGGCCUGGGCGGUGCGUUGAGCAGUGAGAUGGAGAAGCUUCCAAACCUACAGCGAUGGUGCAAUGAGUUUGUAGAGCACACCAUUGUCAAAGAUACUCUGCCUCCUAAACAAGACCUCCUUGCUUUCUGUAUAUCUCAGUUUGGAAACAAUGUUGCUUCCAAAUGAUCAUGCUUUGCUUGGAUCUUAAACUUUUAAACUUCAGAUAUUUGUAAUAAGAGAACUCAAACAUUUAGUUCGUGUCUAUUUGGUAAAUUUAAAUUAGUUUUAAUUGUGUAUCAAAUAGAUUUAUAAAGUCUUCUUUUAAUAACUUCAAGCUUAUGUGGUAGCCAACUAUAUUAUUUAAGAAUAACACAAUACGAUGAUUUUGAAUGG